UUCUCAAGCUGAUUUGGCGGCGACCAGAACCUGCGCUGGCUGAGGCCUGUUGGCAGAGCCUUGCUGGAGAUGGACAGCCGGAUUCCUUAUGAUGACUACCCAGUGGUUUUCCUGCCUGCCUAUGAGAAUCCCCCAGCAUGGAUUCCUCCUCAUGAGAGAGUAUACCACCCAGACUAUAACAAUGAGUUGACCCAGUUUCUGCCCCGAAUCGUCACAUUGAAGAAACCCCCUGGAGCUCAGUUGGGAUUUAACAUCCGAGGAGGAAAGGCCUCCCAGCUAGGCAUCUUCAUCUCCAAGGUGAUCCCCGACUCUGAUGCACAUCGAGCAGGACUUCAAGAAGGAGACCAAGUCCUAGCUGUAAAUGAUGUGGAUUUCCAGGAUAUUGAGCAUAGCAAGGCUGUUGAGAUCCUGAAGACAGCCCGUGAAAUCAGCAUGCGUGUCCGCUUCUUUCCCUACAAUUAUCAUCGCCAAAAAGAGAGGACUGUGCACUAGAGAGUUGCAACCCACAGCCCUCCACAUGGAAUCUUCUAGGACAAGCUGGCCAGGCCUCAAGGAAGCCACAUGCACUCUCAUACAGUCUCAUACAUUUCGGAGAUUCCCGUAAUACCUGUUUUUCCUCCUCUGCCUACUAUUCUCUCCUCCAAAAAGUAAAACGAGAUGCUGAAGAAA